AUAAUCAGACUCAAUCCCUUCUCUCUUUGUUUCCUUAAUUAUACAUAUACUCAUUAUCUCUUUGUUCUAUUAAUUACAAAUGGCAGACGCUACUUCCUACAGCCACCCUUUGUUUAGCUGCAGGAUUUGCCAGAAUCCUAUUGCUCUUCGAGAUGAUCUUCUCUCUAAACGAUUUGUGGCAAAAUCUGGAGGAGCAUACCUUUUCAAGCAUGCAAUGAAUGUAGUUGUGGGGAAAAAAGAAGAUAGACAACUGAUGACGGGUUACUUCAGUGUUGCUGAUAUAUUCUGCAACAAGUGUGGGCAGGAGUUGGGUUGGAAGUAUGUUAAAGCUUAUAAUACUGCCCAGAAGUACAAGGAAGGUCGUUUCAUAAUUGAGAUUGCCAAAAUUCUUAAGGAAUAUUGAUCACCCAUUAUAUAUAUGCACAAGAGCUCGAGAAUUACUGUGUAAAUUUAAUAAAAUUCUGGCCAUGUAAAUGGUGUUAAAAACACUCCUUUAAGCCUUUGUGUAUUAUCGUGGUGUUGAUCUGUUUAAAAAAAGGUUAAGCUUUUUUAUAUACAAGAAGCAGUUUAUGUCA